AGGCUGCAGAACGCCUCAGUCACAUCUCUCCGCCGUGGUCCCCAACGAAGGGACAGCGGCCGCCGCAGCGAUGGCUCAGUCACAUCUUCAGGCCGCGAGUCGAUCGGCACUGGCCUGACCGAGCCUCCUGCUUACUCCAAGAAGUUUGUUGUCGUCGGCGACGGUGGCUGCGGCAAGACUUGUCUGUUGAUCAGCUACAGUCAGGGUGUCUUCCCUGAGAAAUACGUGCCCACCGUCUUCGAAAACUACAUCACCCACUGCGAACACAAGCCCUCGGGCAAGGUUGUCGAGCUGGCCCUCUGGGAUACCGCUGGACAAGAAGAGUACGACAGACUGCGCCCUCUCUCAUACCCCGAGACCGAUCUGCUUUUCGUUUGCUUCGCCAUCGACUGUCCCAACUCGCUUGAAAAUGUCAUGGACAAGUGGUAUCCCGAAGUCCUCCAUUUCUGCCCCACCACUCCCAUCAUCCUCCUCGGCCUCAAGUCCGACUUGCGCAACAAGCGUACCUGCAUCGACCUUCUCAGAACUCAAGGACUCACCCCCGUUACACACCACCAAGGUCAGGCUGUCGCCAAGAAGAUGGGCGCCCUCUACAUGGAAUGCAGUAGUAAAGAGAUGACCGGUGUCCACGAAAUCUUCGAAGCCGCCAUCAACACUGUCGUUGCCGAGGCUGAAGGCCUGAACCCGACUCCUCCUGCCAGCCGUGGUAGUCUCACCGCUGGAAACUCGUCCUUGCAACAACAACAAAAACGU